AUGUGUUUCUUUUGGCUGGGGUUUGUCCUAGUAACUGUAAAUGUGGUGUUGGCCCAAAAAGAUGUUCAAGUAAAAUGUGGAAAAGACUCCCUUGUAGUCAUGUGGAAGGUUAUUGAAAACCUGGCUGAAACACCCUUUGAGCUUCUACUGGGUGAUUGCUUUCCUUUGAAGUUCUCAUCUACAGCUGAUGGAGGACGGGAGGCAGUUUUCCACUAUCAUUUUUCUGACUGCCAUUUCAGACAAAGGGAAACGCCUGAGAAGCUGAUCUAUGAAAAUGAACUGACUUUUAGGCUGUUAUCAAAGUCAAAUUCUUCAGUGAUUGUCUACCCUAUUAAGUGUGUUGCUGAAAGGCCUUUUCCAGUUGUGAAGCCUGCUGUUGGAGUCUUACAAGGUCAAGGAGAGUUGACUUUUCAUUUGGAUCUUUUGAAUGAUGAUCUAAGUGGUCUGGCAUUAUCCAACUCCUUUCCUCUUGGUUCCAUGAUUAACAUUCGUGCUUCAGUAAUGCAGCAAACUCAUCAGUCCCUAAUGAUCUAUCUGGAAGAGUGUGUUGCUUCGAACACCCUAGUACUUGAACCACAGUCACUGACCUAUCCUAUAAUUAAUAAGGGAUGUCUUGUGGAUGGAAAAUCUGGGUCCUCUAGUUUCUUGCCAAGAAAUCAGUCCUCUUCACUUGUGCUUCAACUCCAAGCCUUCAAAUUUGCAGCAGAGCAAGAAGUGGAUGCAUCCACAUUGGUGUACAUCCAUUGCAAACUAGCAGUAUGGAACCCAGAUGAUUUAAAUGAAGAAAACAAAGCUUGCAAUUAUGACAAAUCUAGUGGAAAGUGGGAACUUUUAGAUGACCCUUUCCAAUCUGAUCUAUGCAAUUGCUGUGAUUAUGGCUGCAAUCAAGAGGCAGUACAGGAUUUACAAUCAGCCCUAGCGCUCCAAGGACCAACUCGAAGUUCUGUUGUGGGACCACUGCUUUUAACGUCACCUACGGUACUGAAUCAAGUUUCAAACCCAGUUGUUCAGCCACAUGUUCCCACUGCCUGGUAACUUGGACAAAAUAAAUGCUUGUUGUGC